GUAAGUUUCUCACACUCUCUAACAUUUUUUAGAUAUUUCAAAUACAGUUUAUAACUAAACUUGUUAUAAAUCUGUUAAGAUGUUUGCAAAGUUGGUGGUAUUUUCUUUAUUAGUAACCUUUAGUGCAACAGAUGAUUGUUCAGAAGGUAAUUGUGUUACGAAGAAAAAUGCAAGGAUGAUAGGCGGGAUUAUAAGUGAAGCUAAUUCCAGACCAUUUCAAGUAGCUCUGUUAUUGCGUGUUGGUGUGAACGGCGAGCAAGGCUUCUGCGGCGGCGCGCUGGUGCAUGCAGAGUGGGUGCUCACCGCCGCGCAUUGCUGCUUCCACAACGACCAACAAGUCGACAAUGUACAGGCGGUACUCGGCGCGCACUCCCUGUACGACCGCUACGAGAACGGGCGCCGCAUUGUGAACAUAGCAGAAGUGAUACCGCAUCCUGACUUCGUGCCUGACACCUUCGCUAAUGACAUUGCACUUCUCAAGCUCGCCAAUACUAUACAACUCACCGAGACAAUAGAAACAGUUCGUUUGCCGUACCUGAGGAUAUCUUCGUAUAACUUCGCGGGCAUGGGCGCUGUCGCCUCCGGCUGGGGGAUAGCCGCAGAAGGUGUGACGUUCGUAUCGCCAACGCUUCGUGAGAAGCUGAUGACGGUGAUGACGGACCCACUUUGCAACACGUCCUACUUCGGCCAGCUGCCGGCCAACACUGUCUGCGGGUACAGCGGAUUGGCCGGCACUUGUAAGGGCGAUAAUGGAGGUCCUUUAACAAUCGUCUAUAAUGCAACUGAAGAAACUAUUUUGAUCGGGGUGGCUUCGUUCGUUGGCGCAGGCGGCUGCAGUGAUGACGUGCCCUCCGUCUUCACACGCGUCCAGCGUUACUUGACCUGGAUCAGUGACGUCACAGGAAUCGUCAUAGACUAAGAUCUAGA